UUAUUCCUCAGUCCUCACUACGUUAACCACAUAUGAUACCCAAGUAAAGUGACGUAAACAUGUCUGCAGCAAGAAACUCGAUCACCGUGACACGCCCACUUCAGAUCUCCUCGAUUUCAUUUGCUCCACCGUUGCACAGUGCGGUAAUCAGUAUCGCAUUGCCGAAAUACGCUACAGUUUCCACGACAACAUAACGCAGCUGUUAGUGCUGAUUCCUUCCUAUCAGUUUGCCAGUGUGGAGUUACCUGCGGGCUUAUGGUGUUAUUACGAAAACGGGGAAGUACAGUUGCAUCGAUGUCUUUAAACGCUGGGACGUGGCAUAUGCAUCUUGUUUACAGGCUACAGUAUGCAUGAGAGAGAAAGACCACGGCUAUCUGUGCGAGGGAAUAAGCAAAUUUAGCUCUAAAGGUUUUGCGUUAUGCAGGUGAGACUGUGGUCGCUGCUACUCCACUCCCGUUAUUAGUUUACUACACUUCCAGUCUGCAGGGACUUGCUGCAGUAAGUAAUGCACCCCACAAUUCUGCUAGGUCUGCAGAUUAAAACAUAUUGUUUAUCCUGCAGUCAGCAGUCUCUAGUGUGUCAAUUGUGCUCUGAACCGUUAUGACUAAAUACGAAUCACGGUGAAGGCAACACAUGGAAAUAAUCCGGACUAUUUGUAAUACAUGUUGCAUACCUUAACGUGGAACUGGCAAGCACAUUUGUUGAAUAUGCUGUCAUUAAUUUUUGAAUAUUUCUAAUACGGAAUAUUUAUUUUGCGUUGCUGAGUGAUACAAAAAGAUGCUUCCUGGUUCGAUUCAGAUCUCUGGAGAGACGUUAUCAGGAGCCGAAAUCAAAGAUAUUUGUGAAAGCCUGCGGGAGAACACAGUUCGUCUUCUGUCACUGAGAGGCUGUCAGCUGUCUGACAGGGACUUUGGUAGAGUGUGCCGUGGAGUAUCUGAGUCACACUCUUUGGCACAACUAAACCUCAACCUUGGUGUAGUAUCCAGCAUCAGCCGGGUGAAACAGUUAGCAGAGGCCUUGAAAACAAACAGGUCUAUUCAGUCACUCUUCCUCCAUGGAAGUCCACUGACAGAUGCAGGGCUAGUAUUCUUGAACCCAGCACUAGCCACACAUCCAUCAUUGGUUUCACUUGACCUUGGAGACUGCAUGUUGGGAGAUGAAGGGAUUAACCUUAUUUGUGGUUUGUUACCACCAGAAGGUGCAAAAUCAGGGCUUAGAGAGCUAACUCUGAGUGCCAAUCCCGCUGUGACAUCCAAAGGAUGGGCAAAACUGGCCAUUGCUGUAGCCCACAGCUCCCAGCUCCGGGUCUUAAAUCUUGACUACAAUCCUUUAGGGGACAACAUUGCUGGGAUGCUUGCUGUCACUGUGUCAUCAAGUCGGACCCUGGAGGUUUUAGAUUUGGAAGGAACUGGCCUAACAAACCAGUCAGCUGAGAUUUUGCUGGACAUGGUGGAGAAUUACCCUACUUGCCUGCGGACUCUCAUUUUGGCAGAGAAUUCUAUCAGCCCAGAACUGCAGCAACAGAUUUCUGACCUGCUUUCAGAAGGUGAAGAUGAGGAUGAAAAUGAAAACGAGAUGCGGGAAACUGAAGGGAGAGAAAGGACAACCUGGAUUUCUCAAAAGAACAAUGAACCUGUGGAGCAUCCUGCCAUCAGAGACAGUGAAUGUUGACACAGAUCGAGUACAAAAGAUUCCAGUACCCUGCUGGUUUUGAUGACAUCAGGUCUUGGUGAUAAUUUCCUCACCGAAACAGAAAUGUAACCAAAAGGGACUCUACCUCUUCUUCUGAGAGCACUGUGUGCCAUAUGACUGUUAUCAGCUGACUAUGAUCACCCAAUCAGUGCAUGCCAUAGAGCGCACAACUUGACACAAGAACACUGGUUUUGCACUGUAUGACUUUGGUGAUGAAUUUAUCAACCUGUGAAUGUUUCUGAAGAAAGUCUAUUUAUAAUAAUUAUUAACAAUGAAGCAGACAGCACCAGUUAUUAAGAUAUUAGUUCUUUAGAACUUACAAGAAGGGUUAGAUCUGACAUCAUGGACCUUCCUUGAUGUUUCUUUUCCUUUUUGAAUGUUACAUAAAAGUUUUGCAAUUACACGAAUCACAGCAUUGGCAAAAUUCAGGAAGUUAACUAUUUGUAGGGAUGUAGACUUAUCCACUUCAGUGCACGCUAUGAGGCUACACCAGUCCCUGCACCCACCAGUUCUUUUUUCCUCUUGUACGGUUUGCGUUUCAGUUUUGCUGCUGUUCAGUGAAGGUUCCUCUGUUUGAAUGGCAUAUCAAUCCACCAAGUGUUCACUUAGCCUAGUAUUAGUAGUAAAGACCAACAGUAGCAUUGCUUGUAUUGAUAGAAAGCACUGGCAAAAGUGUCAGAGAUUCAACUCUACCACCCAACAACACCAAUGGAAGACAGUUUUAGCUUACCUGCACCCCAAAGGUUGACACCUCUGAUAUGGACCAACUGCAGGGGGGGUGGGAUCUAGAGUAUCACCACAGGGACAGAAACUUUGAGGGCAGGGUCUGUCCCUUCUGCAUUUAAAUCCAGCUUUAAACCAGCCCCUGGUCUAUGCAGAUGCUGAACUCUUUCUUGACUGGAGGGGACUUGAGCCUGUGCCACUCAUCCAUCUGAGUUUUAGACUAGACAAGAGAUGUUUUCAGAGCUUACACCUCCGGGGGUGCAUCCUGAGGUGUUAAUACCACCUAGCCCCAGUUGAUUAGUUGGAUGCCAUAGCUGGCCAGCUUCAUUUUAGGAAGCAGCCCCUUGAGUUAUCUGGUCACAGGCUGCAGAAACCUCUGGUGGGGGGGGGCUGUUUUUCUAGGUUUAUCCUGUGCCCAGUUGGGCAGGAUAGCCCUUAUUGGAAGGGCAAUUUAGAUCAGAGCUGUAGCUGGCACACCUAGUGCCGAGUACUGCCCCUUUCAGCUCUGCAAAUGAACAUAAAAAAUGUCCAUGCCCCUAACUUCUGUAAUCUGUCUCACUACACCAGAUUCAUUCCCAUUUUCCAACUCUACCUACUCAGCACUUCAGUUGGAGGGCAAAAAUAAAACAGGAUGACUUCUCCUUUUAAACUCUAGCAGGCUGCUUGCUACAUUUAUAACAGCUUACCACGGUUCCCCUUCAGAAGACUGAAAUAUCACAAUCCUGAAAUUCAUAAGACUGAAGACUAAAA